AUGACAAAUGGUGCUUUGAGCAUCCUCGUCACCGGACUGCAAACACAGUCUACAGCCCAACAGUCCAAACUACCCUGUGGGGAGAUGCGUCGAGUCUAUCUGCCCUCAAACUGGAACACGAAGCAAUCAAAUGCUAUCUUUCACGCGCAAGUCCUAAACACUCGCGUUGCUGCAUUCGGUGCUUCAAAUGGUGUGCAGAAACACCAGCAGUUGGAUUGCUCUCCGAAUAUGCAGCCGGGUGUGAAGGAAUCGUAA